CGCAGAACUGUCGCCUCCUAGCCCUAGCUGAGCACUGUAUUCUGAAUACCAACAACCAGAUAAGAAUUUGAAGGCAGUGCCUCGAUAUCUCCGGGAGAAAUGGGGGCAGACUACUCUCAACUCGAUCAUGAAACGGGACCAGUUUCGCCAUCGCGCACAUCCACGUCCAGCGAUGACUCUCAAUUUGAAGUGUCUGGCACAAUUCAAGACUGGAUGGUUGUCACGUCCAAGAACACCCUGGACGUUGAGGAUCGUGUGCUGCAGUUCAACCCGGCAACGAGUCGUGCAGUUUGCGCCGGUGUGGGCUACUCUCUGAGUGACAAGGCGAUGAAGAAGUUGGACCUGGGAAAGUCGGCCGAGAAAGAUCCAGUGCGUCUGUCCUCAAUAUUGCGUGAUCCUCUCGGCUUGCCGGCUAAUCAUGUGGAGUACUUGACGUCGAAAUCGUCGGAUAACCCAGCCACCAUGUCUAACUUGGUUGCCUACAUCUCCGACGCUGCUGAAAAGGUCGGUGAAGACGGUCUGCUACUGGUGUCCUUCUCCGGUCACGGAGAGGUGCACACGAACCCGGACGGCUCUAAAAGCGGCGUGCUGAUCCCGGCCGACAACCCCGGCUCAACCACCGUCAAUGUCCUCACUGCCCGCCUUAUCGAGCGGUCACUGAAGAAGUGCAAGGCAAGGCACAUUGUGAUAUUUCUAGACUGCUGUCACGCCGGACUGUUGGCAGCAUCCCUCGCCGAGGACACUGUACAGUCCACGUCACAAUCAGAGCUCUAUGUACUGGCCGCCUGCUCCACGUCCGAAGUAUCACUCGGCCACUCCGAGCUGGGUAGUGGCUUCUUCACAUUCUUCACAUCCGAUUACCUACGUCGGCAUGGCAACCACGGGCAGUUGCCGAUCGGUGCGGCCAUGAAGCAUUGCCAGUCGUUGUGCCCAGCCAUGGCCAAGCUGUGCGUGCGCUCGCAGAGGGAGAAGGCAUCCAGGGCACCCGGCACGAAGUAUAUCAUGCAUCCAUUGCUACGGACUAAGCUCCCCAGUCUCAGUAGCCAGGAUGCCGUAGAGGAGAUGGCCCUGGACGUGCCAGAUGCUGCACCUAGAUACCUCCCUAAUGAUGAGCUCUCUACGAAGUUCCUGGGUCAGUUUGUCUCGAGCAGUGAGGGUGGUGACGUUGGUAAGAAGGUGUUUGACCGUGUUCCAGCAGCAGUCACCUGGCUGAAUGAGACCGCGAUGCCUUGCAUACAGCUAUUGUACUGUAACGGAUACCUAUCGCCUGGGUACGAGGAGCACCGGGAGGUGAUGUGCUGUGUGGUGUGCCUACUCUCACGCAGUGUGGCCACCAUCUACGUAGACUACGGCGAAGGAGAGCUCAGCGACCCAGACAUGUUCCUGGCAUUCUUCACCUACAUCUACCACUCGUUUGUACAGGCCGUAGAAGACGAGUUGCCCAACAAGGAUCUUCUGGACGAGGAGCGGCCCAAGAUUCUCAAUCAGCACGCCAUCCUCGGCGCGCGCCACUACGUGGCCGGUCUGGCCAAGGCACUGGACAGCGGCCCGGUUGAGCUGAGGCCCUACGUGAAACUCCUUCUGGAUAUGAAGUCGGGGCUGAGUAAGGACGUCGACGAAGACAGCAAGCCAACCACAGCACGCCGGCACCCGCCGUCGUCACAGCAACAGCAUGAGGAAGCAAGUGGCAAUGCCAACACUGCGGCGGUAGUGUCCUCCGGGGACUGUGUCGAUGGUCAGGCGAGUGUAGCGCGGGCGGCCGGCGCUGGACAGGAGCAUCACCUUACCGAAAGCAGAGAGGAGGUUGAGCGUAUCUUACAGCGUCUUGAACUGGUUGCUGAUAUGAGAGUGGACAGGAGUGGAAUGAACAUUGCAUGAGGGACACGUCUGCCGUGCUUGCUGCAAUACAGCUGAGUCUACAUGUACCUGAGGCUGUGAUGAACACGAUUGCUACGUGGGUACGGCAGCUGGUGUAUGGAUAGACGGACAAUAUUAUGUGUGUGUAUUUGUCUGUUGUGUGUGUGUGUGCACGCGUGCGUGUGGGUGUGUGGUUGUGUGUGUUUCUGCAUACACACGUGUCAGGGCAAGAGGCAGAGAGAAGAAGGGGGGGGCUUAGAUUAAAUGUUGUUUGGAAAAUACGUGUGCAUGUAUACUCCAUGUGCAGACUGGUAAAAGCGUUAAUUAUCUGCUGCUGCAAGAAACAUGUGUUUACACUAUCGUUAAAAAACAUUUUGUAUAGUUUAA